CUGCCACUGUAAGUUUUCUACCAUGCAAACCUAUCCUAAAACAUGUUUUCCUCGAGUUUGAGCUGGGAAUCUAAGGUCUUUUAAAAAGGUAGUGAAGCUGGCGGUGAUCCCAGCAGCAAUGGGAUUGGCCUCGUUUCGAGUUUAUGCCAUGAGUCAGGACAAAACAGAGACUGUGCUGCUCUCCCCUAGAGAGUUGUCCAUCUAUGCUCCAGACCCUCCAGCAACUCACUACAUGAAUGAGCAGCCUGGAGCUCUGCAGAACGGGCUGGGUGUGGUCCGGGUGGGGCUGCAACCAUACGUUACUGCCGUUAAGAAUGCUUAUACCUCUGUCAAGGUCGGAGCCGAAACAGUCUAUACUGCUGGACACGAUACAUACGAGUUCCUGAGAGAUCCUUCUCCUGGUUUUAUGCAGAGGGUCGGUGUAAUCACAGUCUCUGGGUUAGCGGGUCUGAUCCUGGCAAGGAAAGGGUCACGUCUGAUGAGGCUGGGGGUACCUCUGGGUAUGGCCACUGUAGGCACUUCCGUGUGCUACCCCACUCAGACAGUGGGUGUUGUGAAGAUGACGGGGCAGAAGAUGUAUGCAGCAAGCCAGUACACUACAUCAUCUAUGGCAUCAAUAUUUAAAUCAAAGCCCAAAGAAGUAACUCCCCCAACUGUCAGUCUUGAGCAAGCCCCGCAAGCUACCAUCCCUGAGCCAGAAGUGUCAGAGGCAAAGCCCCUCCUUGAAGCUGAAUCAUCUGAACCAGCCACGCCUGCUGUUGACAAGGUUUCCCCCACUGAACCUAGUUCUGCCUCAGGCCCCGUAGAGGGUGCUCCAUCUGCGGUUGAACCUGCUCCUCAGCCCACCACAGAGGUGGCCCCUGCAGAGGGUUCUAUUGACACUGAGCCUGCUGCAGCUGAACCUGAGGCAGUCACAGUGGUGGAGCAAGAGGCUGUUCAGACGGCCCUUGUGCCUGCCCCUGCACCUCCUGUUGAGGAAGCUGCUGCUUCACCUGCUGAAGAGAUUCCUGCACCUGCCCCUGUUGAGGCUGUCCCUGCACCUCCCCCAGCAGCGGAAGUUAUUCCUCUCCCACCUCCUGCUGAAGAGACAGAGCUUCCACCCCCUGCACCUGUUGAGGAGGAAGCUGCUCCUUCACCCCCGGCACCUGUUGAGGAAGCUGCUCCUUCACCCCUUGCAGCAGAAGAGGCUGCCCCUGUAUCUAUAGAGGGGGUUGCUGACCCACCUCCUGUAGCUGAAGAGACUGCACCUGCUCCUGUUGACGAGGCUGCUCCUCCAGCUACAACAGAGGAGCCAUCUGUGAUUGUAACAAAAACUGCUGGGAAACAAAAAUUUGCACCAGACCCUAAGCUAAUUGACCUUGGCCAGGCCAGCCCUGAGGAUGCGGACCUGUACAGCACGCGUGGAUGAAGAAUGACAGGAGGAGAAGGUGGGGGAUAUGUGGGAGGGAGGGGAAGGUUAAGGGUAAUCUUCAGAAAUUAAAAAAUAUUAAAGCAACACUUUUUUCAGGUGCCUAUUUCUCUUUUUACCUCAGUGAUAGGGAACAGUUAGUCCUAUACAGGCGGUGUCCCGAUUAUCCACCCUUCUCCCCAAGUGUGCAAUUGCACACUACCGGUCAUGGAUUUAACAAUUUGAAUCCAUGUCAGGGAGGAGGAUUGAGAACCAGGUUUCAGCCAUAGUGUGUUGGAAUUUUGACCUCUGGUGUCAUCUGCAGUUUACAUGUAGACACCCACAGGGAACAGGGUACAGGUCAUCAUCUGCAUCCACAGGAACAAACAGACAUCUUUACACCCUACUUCCAGAGCCACUACACAAGGUUUACUUACCAAUACUUACUCAGUGGUCAGUUUAUUAGGUACACCCAUCUAGUACUGGGUCGGACCACCCUUUGUUUCCAGAACAGCCUGAAUUGUUCGUG